AAAAACGUUCUUUUAUUGUUGACCCUUGUUUAUUUCACGUGUUUUUGUGUUUACAAUUUUAUUUUGUUUAAAAUAUUAAUUAAUUUGCACAAAAUGGAAUGUGAAAGCAAGGAAAUACCAUCAGCCGAAGUCGCUAAUGGAUCUGAUCUCAAGGAAAAUGAAGAAGACAAAAAUGUAAGCGUGGAAAAAGAAGGAACCGGCGAGGAGUAUGCUUAUUUGGAAAGAAACGAGUUUACCUCAGAGAUAUAUAAAAUAGAAGUUAAAAAUCUGGGUUAUUUCGGUAUUGGGGAAUUCAAGAAACUUCUGAAGAAUACUCUCAAACUAGACAUGACCAAAAUAAAGUCACCAAAUCGUAAAGAAUUCGCUUUCGUUUGCUUCCGCACUUUGGAGGAUCAGCAAAGAGCCUUGGAGACUCUAAAUGGGUACAAAUGGAAAGGAAAAGUUCUCAAGGCUAUUGCUGCCAAAGCCUCCGCCGACCCUCUCCAGAAAAAGCGGGCCGCCGAUGAGCAGGCCAAUAAUGGAAACCCAAAGAAGCAGCGAACCGCAAUAGAAGCCACUUGUCCACUAGCUGAGCUUCCCUACGAGGAUCAGGUCAAACAUAAAGGCGAGGAAAUGACUAAUCUUCUGAAGAAAUAUUUGCAUGAACUGUGGCGUGUUAAUCCGGAAGCUAAAAAAACGUUGGAUAAAAUACAAUUUCAAGGAGUUCUGCCCUCACCCACGGUUAAUGGUUACCGGAACAAGAACGAAUUCACUGUGGGCAAGAAUUCCGAGGGAGAAAUAGUAGUUGGCUUCCGUUUGGGAUGCUACAGCGAUGGAUCCGUGGAAGUGGCGGGCGUAGAGAACUUGCCGCAUCUUCCAGAGCAGGCCAAGUGGGCGGCUCAGAGUUUCCAAAAACUGGUAAGGCAAUCCAAGUUCCUGCCCUUUAAUCCCGAUGGAAAUGUGGGGCAUUUCCGGCAAUUGAUGGUCAGGUGCUCCAGUUCCACUGGUGAACUAAUGCUAGUGGCUGGCAUUUACUCCUCGAAUCUAAGUGUCGAUGAACAGCAGGAGCUCAAAAAUGAACUGAAAAACUUCUAUGAAAAUAGUGAAAACGAGCCCUUCAAGUGCACUUCAUUGUAUUACCAAGAUGUCCAGCAUCGGGAAGCUGGACAGAUGGUUAAUCCAGUGCACCAUUUACUCGGAACCACUCACAUCACGGAUACCAUUCAAGGCCUCAAAUUCCGAAUCAGCCCACUGGCCUUCUUUCAAAUCAACACCGAAGGUGCCAACCUGCUCUACCAGCAGGCCAUUGACUUGGUGGCUCCCACAAAAGACACAACCCUCUUGGAUAUCUGCUGCGGAACUGGUACCAUUACUCUGGCCUUUGCCAAGCACUGUCGGAAGGUUAUGGGUGUUGAGAUAGUACCAGAUGCUAUUAAGGAUGCCGAGUUCAAUGCCGAGGUGAAUGGCAUUACAAACUGCAAGUUCUACACGGGCAACUCUGAUGAUUUUAUCAAGAGCAUGGUGAGGGAUGCUCUCUACGAGCAGGAACCCGGAAAGCCGGUAGAUCUCGUUGCUGUGGUGGAUCCUCCAAGAGCUGGGCUACAUAAUCGUUCAAUAGCCGCCAUUCGAUCGGCAAGUGCCAUAAAGCGUCUGGUCUAUGUCUCCUGCAAUCCUCAUAGUGCCAAAAGAAACUUCCUCGAUCUGGCUAGGCCGGAAUCGAAACAAUACAAAGGAGAGCCCUUCUAUCCCAAAUCUGCCGUGGCGGUGGACAUGUUUCCUCACACUACACACACCGAGCUGAUCAUUCUGUUUGAGCGUGAAACGAAGACAAAGCCGGAUGAAGCAGUGACACCAUCAGAGGCAGAGAAAACCUCAGCAGAAAGUACAACGAACACUCAACCUGAGGCAACCCCUGAAGCAAUCGCAGAGGAGAGUAUUGCAUCUACGGUGUGACGCGGGUUCGUUGCUAGACUGCUCGCGAUUUGCUGAGGCGUCUACAAAACACCCAAAUACCUCGAUUCCCGCUUAUCUGUUCCGAUGCUGUCAUCUAU